GGCCGAGGAGACCGAGAGAGAGAGAGAGUGUGAGUGAGUGAGAAUCACCCCGUCCCCCACCCGCCCCAACUCCAACCCUCGCCGUGCUCCCCCCCCCCCCCCCCCCCCCCGCCGGGCGAUGCCACGCCGCUCCUCCUCCUCCUCCCCCUCCUCCCCCCGCCGCGCUGUGCCCCGCCCCGCCCCGCCGCCCGCGCCCCCUCCCUCCCCUCGCUGAGCCCCGGCGCACGGCUCCACGCCAGCCCGAGGCUCGGGCCGCAGCGCAGGCCCCGGCCUCUGAUCCCCCCCCCUUUGUUUCUGCUAAUUGCAAUAAAGUCGGGCGGCGGGUGGCCAUGAAAAGCUGCUUCUGUGUCAGACGGAGGGACGAGCUGCCGCAGCUAACAAGUCGGUCAAUGAUGCCUGAAAUAUGGGAUCUGUCUGAAGCUUUGCCAGAUUUGUCCAUGGAUCCAAUUACGGGUGUUGGAGUCGUUGCAUCACGAUAUCGGGCACCUGCCAGUUACGAAGUAAUUUCGCAAACGGCAGAUGGUUUGGAUGCUGACCUCUGGAAGGACGCCUUAUUUAAAUCCAAGGUCACUAGAUAUCUCUGUUUUACGAGAUCAUUUUCUAAGGAGAACAGCCAUUUAGGGAACGUGCUAGUGGAUAUGAAGCUGAUCGAUUUAAAGGAUACUUUACCGGUGGGCUUUAUCCCUAUUCAAGAAACAGUGGACACGCAAGAGUCAGCUUUCAGGAAGAGAAGGUUGUGCAUCAAAUUCAUUCCUCGGGACUCGACUGAAGCUGCCAUUUGUGAUGUAAAAAUCUUUGGCAAAUCCAAGCAGGCUCCCCCACAGUACACCUUUAUUGGGGAAUUGAACAAUAUGGGAAUCUGGUACAGAAUGGGAAAAGUUCCAAGGACACAAGAAAUUUCAACCUCAGCUACAACAACUACUACAGUACUGACAUCAUCUUCACCAACUCCUGCUCCUAACCUUCCCAGGCACGUAUCCUUGACACUUCCUGCUAGUUUCCGAAAUAAGGUGCAUGGCACCAGACCAGACUUUGAACACCAGACCUCCAGCCUAUAUGCCAUAUCAGCAAUGGAUGGUGUGCCUUUCACGAUUUCAGAGAAAUUCGCUAGUGCAAUAGAAACUGUGCAGCCAGAUGAUUUAAUGGGCAUAACAAUCAAAUCGUUGGCUGAAAUAGAAAGGGAAUAUGACUACAGCUUUAGAACAGAACAGAGCGCCGCUGCUCGUCUCCCACCAAGUCCCGCAAAGUGCCAGCAGUCACUGAUGUCCUGAAGACCAAUCUCAAUGGGGCUGUUGUAAAGGGACAGAUAACUACUGGAACAAGCAUCAUCAGAAGCAGCGUUGUUGGAGAUUUUGCUUUCUUUAUCUUCUACUGAAAUAGCAGCCUUGUACUGGCAAAAUGGACAGUAUUUCUAAUAACCAGCAGUCUACCUACAACUUAACCUUUUGUACAUGGAGUUUUGUAAAUAGUGUUUAAUGUGAUCUUUAAUUGCAGAUCUCCUGCUCUUUGACAUGAUUAAUCAGUUCAACAAUUAUUAAGCAAAGGCUGGGUGUUUUUGCUUUCAUGAGCCAUAGUUUAUCUCUUUUCACUUUUUCUUUCAUCAGAAUAAUUUUGCACACUUCAGAAAUCCUACUGGAACGGUCAUUUUCACAAACUAUGCAGAAGUUUGGUUAAUAUAUAACCAGCCAUUUCUUUUAAAACAGUAUACAAAAUUAGAAGUACUUCCUAAACUGAAAAAAAUUAAAUUUGGAAAUAUCAUGAGAUAGCUACUUUAUUUACUGAUAAUUCAAACUUUUGUCCCAGGGUAAUAUCGAAUGAUAUUUAAGCCACAAUUUAGCAAACUCAAUGUAUUUUUUUUCCCGUGCAGGUCAGCGAAUGGGGAACUGAGACCCUCACUGGUUUUAGUUAUCUUGAGAUGUGCGGGAUUACGUUUGUACACGAGUGUUCUCGCACAGCAUUGCUCCUUUAAUCAGUGGUCACUUUCAUUAUUUCUUCCCCUGAAAUAUUCCACAGCUGUCAGAUUUUUCUCUUGGAGUUGACUUGGUAACAGAAAUCCAAAUUGGACAAGAUUUCAGGGGGUUCUCGGGUGCUCUGUUCAAAGUAUUUUUCUCUUUUUUUCCCCCCAGUUUUGAAGCUUUUCUGUUGAGAUUUUCAUUAUCUUCAGCAAAACCUUCCAGCCUGUAAAUUCUUUCACCAUACUUUUAAAAAUGUUGUUUUGAGAAAACAGUAUUGGUUAUGUUGUAACCAGUGAAUGAAACUUAAAGCAAGACCUUCCUCAUUGACUCUUUAUCAACCUGGGGCAUUUGUGCUAUCCAAAUGCAUUAUUUGCUUGCAGUCUUUCUACACUUGCAUAAGGUAUGAUUCUGUGAUUGUAAUCUGAGUGAAAAGUGUGGGUUUGUCAAAUGCACUGAUUUGCUUUGCACUGCAUUUUUUUUAAUGUUUUGGGUUCUCUCUUUAACAUGGAUUCGUUUUUGCUUUUCAAAUCUCCUUUUUCUGUAUUGUCUGGAAUUCUAAGUUAAUGCUGUGGAAACUUUGUGUAACACUGUAGGGCCUUUUUUUUUAAAAAGGCAAUGCCUCAUUUACCAGCGGUACCUCAACAAACCCAAAUGACUGCUGCUGCCUCUUCUUAAGGCUUUGCAAUCCACACUAGGAAAAGUCAACAUUCAGUCCUGAACUCGCAGUGGACACCAGAAUUUUGUGUUUCAGUGGAUGGCAGCUGACAAACAAAGUUGAGGCAUACCGGCUGGUUUAUACUUAACAUGUAGCUGUUAUGUAUGGCAGUUUUCCUUCCCCCCCCCCCCCCCCCCCCCACCCAAUUUCUUCAUUUCCAGUGCAAAACAAAUGCUGCCUAUUGUCAGGUAGGGUUUGUGGGUUGAGCUGAAUAAUUCAGUGUUUUAGAAUUGCAUGUCUGUACUGUGUGUGGAAAACUUGUUUAGCAUAGAACCUCAUAACUUGUGGUGUAAAACAAGUGUUCUGACUCGGCACAGUUGGCUUGAGCUAAGUGUUUCAAAGCCUCGGAACUGUUGAUUUUCAAUUCUGCAUGAGUUGUGUGCUUAAUUCUUUAGUCUAAGGAAGUGGGAUUGCAUUUUCUGCAUCUGUUUUAGAGAUUAUGUAAAGCACUCUGUCAUAUUUUCUGUAAAAGAAAGGCAUUUUUGUAUUCAUAUUGAUUGCAUCUAGAUAUAUGGUGGAGCUUUAUGAUGCAGAGGUAGUUUGUUACUUAAGAAGGAACCUUCGUGUUAAACAGAGCUACGUACGUUAAGUGUGGCAAGCUAUCUUCAUUUCACUCAUUUAUAAUUUGCUUUAAUUAAACAUUAUAACAUUAGACAUUUAAACAGUAGAAAUUCCACCCAAAUAUUACAAUUUCUUUUGAAAAGAAUCGAAAAACUUUUAACUUUCCUAACAGUUGAUUUUUAAUUAUGUUGGAGAUUUAAACCACUGUUCUAAAAUACUUAGAAAUAAAAUCUUACUGUAUUUAUUGUAAACUUGUUUCUUGUACUCAAAGGAAGGUUUACAAUUUGGUUUAUUGCGUCUGUAUUAAUGUAACUUGUUAAAUAAAAUAUCCAUUUUAACUGG